AUGGACUCCAGUCCGCCGCUCUUCCAGGUGCUCGACGGCCACAAGUCAGACGUCAACUGGGUGGACUUUAACGGGCAGCGAAAGCUGGUCAGCUGCAGCAACGACCGAACGGUGAUGCUCUGGGAGGCGGAGAAUGAGGAGCGUUUCUUCCGUCAGCAGACCAUCUCGCCGCUCAAGGGCCACGCGUACGGCGUCAACUGCGUCCGCUACAGCCCAUUCGGGACGAUCAUCGCCUCCGGCUCCACCGACGGCAACAUCAUCCUCUGGAACAGUCAGACCGGAGAGCAGGUGGUAAAGCUGGCACAUGAGUCGGGCAGCGCCAUUCGCAUCGUCUGCUUCUCGCCCUCUUCGGCGUUGCUCGCCUCCGGCUCCGAUGAUGANCAGACUGGAGAGCAGGUGGUGAAACUGGCACAUGAGUCGGGCAGCGCCAUUCGCAUUGUCUGCUUCUCGCCCUCUUCGGCGUUGCUCGCCUCCGGCUCCGAUGAUGAGACGCUGGUCGUCUGGGACAUCAGCACCCGUCGGCAGAUUAAGGCCUCGGCCGACCACGAGGCCAAGAUCACCGGAGCGGCCUUCACCCCGGACAGCGCCUACCUCGUCUCCGCCUCCAGCAAUGGCGACAUGAAGCUGUGGAAUGUGAAGCAGGGCAAUGUCAACUACGUGCUGACGCAUGAGGCGGCCCACGACCUGGGCGUCCUCGGGGCGGACUUUAGCUCGCAGUACGAGGUGAACGUAGCGGAGGGGCCACUGCAGGCCUUCUACCUGCUGGCCACCUGCGGCAAUGACGACCUGGUGAAGCUGUGGCACGUCCGGGCCGGGGUCAGCUGCACUAUCACCCUCUCACACAAACUGGUCGGCCACACGGGCAAUGUCAACUGCGUCAAGUUCAGCAUGGACGGCAAUCUGCUCGCCUCGGCCGGCGGCGACAAGGUGGUCAUCGUGUGGGACGCUCGCAUCGGCACGCUGGUGCACCGCCUGGAGGGCCACAAGCGGUACGUCACAAGCUGCGCCUUCUCCGACGACAAUCAACUUCUGGCGACGGGCAGCUGCGACCAGACGGUGAUCAUCUGGAACAUUGACAGCCUUGAAGGCAAGGAGAGCAUCAGCAUUGACACGAAGAAGGGGGCCACUGAAGCGGAGGUCAACGGAAGCGGAAAUGGCAGCAAGGAAGCCUUCAGUUCGGACAAAGCCGCUGGGAGACCGGAACAAGAUCCUGCGGGCGAUCAUGACGCUGAAGAACCCGCUGUGGCAGCAGCUAGCGGAGGACGAGCUGAAUAG